AUGGUAUCUCAAGCCUUUGUCAUUGAUGGAAAGCUUAAGACUGAAUUCCAUCCACAACCAUACAAGGUGUCUCUUCUAGACAAUAACAUCAUGGCUGUAACUCAACGGUAUUCAGUCCCAUUAAAGGUCUCAGAUUAUGAAGAAAGUGUAAAAGACAAGUUAAGGGCUGCCCAACUAAAGAGACAUGUCUUAAAGAAUGUUGCUAAGGCCUCUUCCAACACAACCACUGAGCAAAAUGAGCAACUAUGCAAAGAAAAUUUCAACAAGAAGAACACUGUGGACAACAAGCUAUGCAUGCUGCCCCAUAGAGAAUUCCUGACCAUUAGUGAAGAAACUGGCCUAAUCAUAGCUCUUGUUACCAAGGCUGCUGAACCAGUGAUAGAGGUGAAACAUUCCCCACAAAUCAAACAAUUACUUGCUGAUUUUUCAGAUUUGGUGCUAGAGGAAUUGCUUGAUAAACUACCACCGAUGCGGGAUAUUCAGUAUGCCAUUGACCUUGUGUCUGGGUCAGUACUCCCUAAUGUGCCCACUUACCGUCUCAGUCCUACAGAGUAUGCCGAGCUCAAGAGAUAA